CAACACCUGUAUGAAGGAUAAACGGUUUGACGAUGGAUGGAUGGAAUAUCAACCAAAAAAAUGACUAUAAUAGCCCACCUCUCUGCUGCUGGCUGAUACUUUGGAAAUUAAACAGUUUGGAGCUCCGCAGGAAAUAGCUGUUGUAGUUAGCUGAUCCAUUUUAAGUGCUAGCUAGUUAGCUAGCUAGUCUCUGGCGCUACUGCACGCUCAUCUCCCUUCAAAGCAGUCUCUUGAGCAGAGAACAGUGGGGCAUAUGUACCAUAGAUCUAGGCCUGUUGCAGAUCACUAGUCUGUGCUCCAUGGUCUACAAUGAGACGGACAAUGAUGGGUACUGUUUCACUGGAUACUGCAAUGCAAGUUGUCAAAUAGUAGUUAAGGUCGACAACUGUCACUCUUUUAAACAGUGUGAUAAUGUAUCACCUCCAAAAAAGAAUGGUGAAGUUUGGAAGGUUAGUAACUGUGUUACAGGAAGCUGCCAUGAUGGCAAUGUGACAUAUCACGAUAUACAGUGUCCAACUUCAAAACCUGUAGUGUGUGCAAAUAAUUUCCCUGCUGUUGAAGUGACGGAUGAAGAUGGAUGUUGCCCCCACUAUGAAUGUCAAUGUAUCUGCUAUGGUUGGGGAGACCCCCAUUAUGUCACCUUCGAUGGAACGUACUAUGAUUUUCAAGGCAACUGCUCCUACUGGCUGAUGAAAGAGAUUUCGCCCAAAUACAACUUCAGUGCUAUGAUUGAUGACACAUACUGUGGUGACGGCUUGUCCUGUCCUCAGUCUAUCACCAUCUUCUAUCAAAGCUACAAGAUCUUUAUAACACAGGAUGAUAUCAAUGGCAAUUUCACAAAUCAGAUUUCUGUAAAUGACAAGCCUGUAAGUCUUGCAUACCAGAAUAAAGACUUCCGUUUAAUUACCACUGGCAUAGAAACAGUGCUUGUCAUCCCUAACAUCCAAGCCAAGAUCACCUUCUCAGGGCUCAUUUUCGGAAUCUACCUGCCCUAUAGUGAUUUUGGCGGCAACACUCAGGGACAGUGUGGCACAUGCGACAACAACCGGACAGAUGACUGCAGGUUGCCCAGUGGCAAAAUAGAUCCUUCAUGUCCUGAUAUGGCACAUGAAUGGCGUGCUAAUACCAGUCACUGUGAACGAGUGCCCCCGACACCAACACCUCAGCCUGAUGUCUGCAAUACAACUAUGUGUGAGAUCAUUAAAAGCAGUUUGUUCGAGGCUUGCCACACGAAAAUCGGCUACGGCCCAUUUGUUGAGGCUUGUGAGUUUGACAUGUGCCACAUGCACAUUCAACACAUUGGCUGCAGCAGCUUACAAGCGUAUGCUGAUGCCUGUGCUGAGGCUGGAAUUUGUAUUGACUGGAGGACAGCCACAGAUGGAAUCUGUGAUUAUCAUUGCCAGAGUCCCAAGGUGUAUCGGGCCUGUGGCCCCCAGGUGGAGAGUACCUGUGAAUCCUGGUACAACAAUAAAUUCAUCUUCGCAGUCAGUGAGUUCUCUAAAAUGACAGAAAUGGAGCUGGAGGGUUGCUUCUGCCCAAAUGGAACCCGCCUCCUCUCUUCCACCAGUAAUGAAUGCGUGCCCAGCUGCGAAAUUUGUCAGCUGGCAAAUGGAACAUGGAAAUUGCCCAAUUCAAUAUGGACAGAAGGCUGCCAGGAAUGUACAUGUGAGGAGGACACAUUUCACGUGGUUUGCCGUAACAUCUCCUGUCCUGCACAGCCACCACUUAGCUGUGACCAAGAGGGUCAGGUCAUGGUCACUGACACCGUUGGCUGCUGUGAAGAGAAGAAGUGUGUUUGUAAUGUGACGACGUGUCCAGAUAUGCCAAUUUGUCCUGUCGGUUAUACUGUGGAACUCACUACGGGAACCUGCUUUCCCAAUGCUGCCUGCGUCAUUCAAAAGGAUGUGUGUGUCUUCCAAAACAAUGUUUAUCAGGUUGGAGACGUGGUGCCCAUGAAGAAGCCAUGCGACAACUGCAUUUGUAGUAAAAAUACAGAUGUCAGCAGCGGUUUUAACAUAGUGGAAUGUCAGCCGACGCCAUGUGACACACACUGCCCUCUGGGUUAUGACUAUCAGACGGUUGCUGGUCAGUGCUGUGGGAAGUGUCUCCAAACAAGCUGCGUUGUCGUGCUUUCAAACGUAACGAAGACAUUGCAGCCUGGCACCAUUUGGACUCCUGCUGACAACUCCUGUGUGAGGUUUGAGUGUGUGAAGAUCGCUACUCAGUUUGUCACUGUAGAGGCCAAGACCGUGUGUCCUCCCUAUGACCCUGAAGAAUGCAUAUCGGGAACAGAGAUGAUAGCUCCGGACGGAUGCUGCCCCCUCUGUAUUCUAAAGGGUAAUGCAUGCAACAUGUCCACCACUACGAUGUAUCUGGAGAGCCAGGGCUGCAAGUCCAAAGAACCGGUCAAUGUGACGUCCUGUAGUGGAGCUUGUGGCACCAUCACUUUGUGAGUUCCCCUCAUGUCUUUCUCUCUGGGAAAUUUUGUAGUAUUGUGUUUCAAUUGUUCACGUUGCAGGUGCAUUUACAUAGCAUUGGGGAAACUUUAUGAGACAGAAUUAGUACACAAAACUAAAGUAGAUAAAAGAAUGGUUGUUAACAGUGCAGCACUGGCCUGAGUCAUCGUGACUUUUAGUCAAGGAUUUAUCAAUUUCAUUAGGACAACAGGUUGUUGCCUUCCCUGUGCUACACACAAACACUUUAAACAAUUACAUAUAAAUCAUAAAACUAGAUGGGACACAAUUUACAUCAAUGCAGGCAGUAAUACUGUUCUUUAUUUGUAAAAGUGUUGGGGAAUUGGAAAUUACUAAAGUGAAACUAUAGUCAGUUAUGUAUAAACGCAUUUUCAAUCAUAUAAUGACGAUAUUGAGGAACAUAGAUAGGAUAAGUGCCGCUCUCCUUUUUCCCUUUUUUCACAAUGUCAUUUUUCUUCGGUCAGCUACUCUCCCACAAUGAGAUCCUUGCAGCACACCUGUUCCCUGCUGCCCGGAGUGGCUACAUCGGAGCGGAUAGUCCAGCUCUCCUGCCCCGACAACACCGGAGAUCAGCUUUCCCUACAUCCCACAUUGACAACUGCCAGUGCCUCAAGACAGAAUGCUCUGUGCCAGGCCCCAGUACAAUGGCAAGCACCAACGUCAAAUCACGUCGACGCAGGAGAUGAGGCAAAAACCAAGACAAGCAUUUGCUUUGGCCAAUUAUGCAAUGAGCAUGAAUUAAUAGGGCCAUAAAUGUAGUAAUCCAAUCACAAAACAUUGUAUGCAUCCAUAAUUCCUGUAUUUAUAACUGAUUUAUUAACAUGCAUUUUAGCUUGAUAAGAUCAUAAUAUCUUAUUAAUAAAGAUUAUGCUGUAGCUGAAGCUG